AUGGUGGCCGCGGCGUGGGAAGAGGAGCCCGCCACCUUGAACCUGCCCAAGAAAUUGUUUCACUGCGCCGCCUGUCGUGCCCCCCUCAAACCUCCAGUGUUCAAGUGCGACAAGGAGCAUUUCGUGUGCUGCGCCUGCGGGCGCAAUGGCGGCGGCGACGGAGCCACCAAGCACUGCGGUCCAUGCGGGCAUGACGUCUCCUACGCCCACUCAGCCUUCAUGGACAGCGUGGUCGGCGCCUACAAGGUGCCGUGCACGUACAAGCACCACGGCUGCGCGAGCUCCAUCGUGUACCACGCGGCGGCGGAGCACAAUGACAAGUGCGCGCACGCGCCCUGCUACUGCCUCGAGUGCACGCCACCGUUCGAGGGCUCGCCGGCGCAACUCCUGCGACACCUCACUGCGCCGUCCGGCAAACACUCCUGGCCCAUGGACAAGAUCAAGUACGAGGCCAACACCGACGCCGACACGAGGCCGGUGUACACGGGCGUGCUCUGGGUGGAUGGUCCUCCAGCACCCCCGGGCCAACUCAUGUGCACCUUCCGGCACCAAGCGACCAUGGCGAGCUGCUCCGUCCCGGGCGAGGUGGACAUGGAACAGGGCUGGCUCCAUGCGCAUGUCAACCCGAGCAUGCUGCACGGAGAGUCCGGCGAGGUUCAUUUGCGCCUCCGUAUCACCAAGUUUCCGUGAAUGAACUCCAGUUAUUUAUCACUCCUCACUCGUCAUAUAUGCUGGGAGUUUGAUCUCUGCAUCAUUUUGCUCUGUUUUGGCUCCAGUUAUUAUGAACUACUAAUGUAAGGAGAAACCGCAGUAUGAACUUGUUAAUGUUGGGAGUGUG